AGGAACAGCUGUUUCUCCACGUACCAUAAUCUGACAGGAUCAUAGGGUUCAUAUCCCUUCAGCAUAAAACAUUAUAUCUGUAUGCUCUUUCUUACAUUCUCGGACGAUUUUUGGUGCUGGCGAGAUGGAACCAUGAGCUGAAGCAGAAAAUACCUUUCUAACUCUAAUACAUACAAAUUAAUAAAUAAUAUUAUAAUGGAAAAAGCUGACAUUAUUUUAUUAGUUAAGAGCAUGAAUGAUUCCGUAGAAAAGCUCAAUUGAUAAUUUCUCAAUCAGAUCCACGUUUGCUUAUGAGAAGACGAGUCCGGUUUCAGCUCUAGCUGGAAAGGACAUCCCUUGGGUUUCCACAAUAUUUUACGUUAAACCAUCAUAAGAGCAAUUUUUUUCAGUUAUAUUCAAGAAUUGUUGCGUUGUUUUGGGCGUUCAAAUUAAUCAACCAAUGGAGGGUUAUUCAUCAGAUGGGUCCACUUCGUUUUUUAGCUCAAGGAUGGCAGAUGGAUGGGAUCUGAUUAGCACUGAGUUUGGGUUAGUGGAGGGCUCUGAUAUCAAUGGUGGAGUCACGGAUUCUGUAUCAGACCAUCAACGAUUGAAUCAAGGUGAAAAUCAGAAGCUUCAUACCAAACCACAUCAGGUGGUGGCGGCGGCGGUAGAGCUAAGCUUACUCCAGCUCAAAGGAAAGAAAACAAAAGACUAAGUGAUUACAAGUAUAGGCAAAAGCGCAAGAUAACAGCAGAUGAACAGGCUGCCGAGAUUAAACACUUGAAAGAGGAAAAUGAACAGUUAAAUGCUGAGAAUAGUAGGUUAAAACAGAAAAUAGGAUUGCUGCUCCCCCAUGGGCAACUUGAGCAUCAAUGUGUUUCAGCCCAGGAUCACCAUGGAUCUAGACCUGAAGCUUCAGACAGGAGGGCUGUUUGGUCGAGAGGAAGCGAUGCAAAACAAGUGAAGCAAGAUGUGUUAAAAAGAGGCAGAGAGGAAUAUCGAACGCGAUUUUAAGUUCGUAUAAGCUUCUGAUUCUGGAAUCCUAAUUUGCAUUUCCUCCCAAUUUAUUGUUUCAGCUCAGCAGUUUACAAACGAAUGAAUUAAAAAAUCUGCAGCAGAAGAAUUCUGAAGUUGGAACAUGCAGUAAUGAUGAUACAUCCAUUUCCGACCUUCUUAUGAAGAUCGAUGCUGAUGAGGAGAGCAAAGUGAAGUUCUCAGACUUCACUGGCUUAGAUGGGAAGCACGUCACAGUAGGCAAAUAUUGUUUCCCACUGUCCCUACAUCCGACUUUAAAGCUCAUCAUUAAGGUACACGGUGAUGUUGCUGCAACAAGUAAGAUGAACCCGAGUAUUGCCGAGAGGAUCUACAUAAUGUUCUGCGCUUCAAUCAAAGAGAUGCAUGAUCUACGACUUGAGCAAAUCACCGAGUGUAGGAUAUUGAAGUGGAGAGAUGCCAUAAAGGAUGCUUUACGUAUGAAUUUCAAGGUGGAUUUCGCCAUGGAACAUUUGAAGAAAAUUGCUUGCGCUUAUAUCGGUUUAAUGGAACAUCAAAGGCAGGAGGAGGUGGCUUUAAGGAUCUCCAAGUUAGAGGCUGAGUUGAGUGCUAGCAAAAAGGAGCACUCUAAGAUAUGUGAACGGUCCAAGGUGUACAUGGAUACUGAAAAAGAGUUCAUUGGCAAGCCUGUUAGCUUGGGAAUGUUGAAAGCUGAGAACAGGCGCUUUGAAGAACAGAACACGCGAAUACAGAGAAUGAAGCACCUCAAUUAUCUUCAACAGUCAAUCAUCCAGUAUAAACAUGAAAAUUCCCAGAUAAUGACAGCGAUACAAGUAACCACCCAGCGUUACUUGGACAUUGAGGCCGAAAACAUUGUGCUGAGAGCUGAACUAUCGGAACUUAAUGCGAGAUUGCAGAGUUUGAAUGACAUUGAGAGCAUCAGUUUGAUGAAAGAAAGCAAUGAUGGUACGGAUGGCGGGACACAAUCAUAAGCCUUCCUGCACUAUGUCAGCCUAUUUUAACCUCUGCAGAUAUGUUUCCGUAUUGAUGAUCUCCAGCAGCUUACUACUGGUUACACACUGUAAAAUUGUUUGUGCACUGUAAAUUCUUUUGACCAGAAAGUAGUAGUCUUCAUGGCGUGAUUGUUGACUUAACCAUGUGAACAAGUACUAAAACAUACACCCUUUUGAAAAAAGGAAAAAAACACGUACGAUUAA